UCAUUUAUAUUUGAUUGAUGGAUAUUUCAGCUCCAAUUUUCCGAAUAAAAAAACAGGUUUUUUUUGGGCUUCUUACGAAAUAAAUUAGGAUUUGAAUAUAAUAAAAAUGAAUAACUUAUUCAGAAGAAAUAUUUUGCCUAUUUACAAUAACGCUGUAAAAUUAACUUAUCGUCCCUACGCCGAUGCUGCAACAAAAGAAAAAAUUGAUAAAAUUGUGAAAAAUAACAAAGUUGUUGUUUUUAUGAAAGGAGUCCCUGAUGCUCCUAGAUGUGGAUUCAGUAAUGCGGUUGUACAGAUCAUGAGAAUGCACGCAGUUCCUUACGACAGUCACGAUGUUCUUUCCGACGAAAAUCUUAGACAAGGAAUUAAAGAUUACUCAAGUUGGCCUACGAUUCCACAAGUUUUUAUCAAUGGCGAGUUUGUCGGAGGCUGUGACAUAAUGCUGCAGAUGCAUCAGUCAGGGGAACUUGUUGAGGAGCUGAAGAAAGUCGGCAUCAAGAGUGCUUUGCUUACUGCAGCAGAACCAAAAACCGAGGAAAAGAAAUAGUAUCAAAGCUACGUUUUAAAUGACAAGAAUCUUCUUGGUAAGGUACUAUAUUAUUGCAUAUUUUGCUGUUUGCAACAAUGACAUUGUUGAUAAUUGAUAUUGUUUAAAUAAUUUGGGGCAGUUCAAAUAUGAAAUUAAUUUUAUUAUUAUAACAAAAAUGAAAUGCAACAUUAUGUAAAGGAUACAAGAUAAGCAAAAAACACAGUACAAGUGGAUAUCGGUCUUGGAUAUUUGCAUUCUUUAAUUAAUUUAUUUCUAUACCAGAACCGGUUUUUAUGAUAAUGUUCUUGCUUUUAUGCUAUCAGAGUAGAAGUGUUACUGAAAUGAUACUCUUGGCUAUUGAAAUAAACCUAUCAUGCACAAAUUGUAAUGAUCUUUAGGAUAAUAAUGAUGUAACAUAAUCUUUUACUGAUGCAAACCAUGUUUUUGUACCUAGAGUAGCAUAUUAUUUAAACAUUAGUUGUUUGUUAUGUUUUAGAUAGUUAAUAAAGUACUGUAAAGUUAAAAAUGAAUACACGUUUUUUGUGUUUAAGAGCUCUUUAUUAAAUUAGCUGUACAUUCGAGUUAGUAUACUUUUGGGCACAUAAUCCAUUCUUAUUCUACGCACCACUUCCUUCAUCAUAAUAUAAUUGGUUGGAUUAACAACGCAGUCAUUAUUAAAAGACGAAAAUAUGGCAGAUCAUUUAUUUUGAGUACUCCUUCCAAAAUACUCUCAAAAACGAUAAAUCAUAUAAAAAUGAUAUUCAAAUGAUAAAUAAAUAGAUGCAGGCAAGCUAUGGCAAUCUAUGUGAUAUAAAUAAUUUGUGUGACACUUCCCUGCAACAUUUAUAAAUUUUGAUAAUGCUCCUACCAUCGCAGUACUAUAAUUACUAAUGGCAGUAAUUAAAAAAAAAUGAACUUUUAUAAAUAAAUGUUUGCUUACAAAUAAAAAAAUAUAACAAAAACAUUCUCACAAUGUGUAUGAGUCUUAUUUUGGUGUCACACAUUAGUCAAGCCUAACAUUAGCACCAUUUUACCUUACAAAUAAGUUUUGUGACUUCUCUGAGAAUUCCAUAUAAAAGUUAAAAAUACCUAAUGCUAAUAAUGUAUAAAUAGA